AUGGGAUCGCGAAAGCGCACUCGCUCCGAGGCGGUCGCUGUCCCCGAACAGCCACUCCCGGAGGAACCCGGCUUACUCCAGCGGAUCAGGAGCUCCUGGGAGUUUGCGAGCCUUAUGCAAUACAUUGCCAUCUUCGGGCCAGUGAUGAAGAUCGACGAGGAGUUUGAAAUCGAGGACUUGGAGGACGAAUGCCUCAAGCCUGAACCCUCGCACAAGUUACUGGAGAUUGGGUUGUGUCUUCUCAAAUGGAUCUCAUCGCAUCGCGGUCUCACGUUUGACAACUUCGACGAGUACACCCGCCGUCAGUACAAUGCCAAAGCCCCACAUGUCCAAAACCCCUUCGGUUAUGAUGAAGAGCCCCGCAGGUUCUUGGAUUUCGAUGUCUUUCUGAAGCUGCGCGUCCUUCAACAAUUGAGUGUGUGGACGUUCUGGAACGCUGAUCGCAUCCGCGACAAGAUGCCCGAGAAGAAGGAGAACGAUCAGACAGAAUGGCGUGUCGAGGAAUUUGGCUACGAUCGCGAAGGCCGACUUUACUACGUCCUGGAUGACAACCGCCUCUACCGACGCACCGACCCUCCCAUUCCUGCCCCUCAGCGUCCGAAGAAGAAACCAAAGAGCAGAUCGUCGCGAGCCUCGCGCACGUCGAAGCGAACCUCGGGGGCUGUUGCGGCGGAAGAAGACUCCGGCGAGGAAAAAGAGGCCAACAAUGGAACAGCCAAUGCAUUUUCCUCUGAAGAACCGUUCAAGUGGGAAUGUUUGGCGGUUACGCUUACGGAUUACCAAGAAUUCCUUGAUACCAUCCGAAAAUCUAAAGAUGCAGAUGAGAAGAUACUGCGCGAUCAAAUUGAGGAGCAUGUCUUGCCUCUGCUCGAGAAGGCGGAGGAAGCGCAGCAGCGCAAGCGGCUCAAGCGGGAGAAAGAGCUGCUCAACAUGCAGCUGAUUGCCGGCGCGAAGCGGUCGAGCCGUCUCGCCGCCAAGGAAGAAAAAGAGCGUGCCGAUCGUGAGGCUUUCGAGGCAGCUCGCAAGCGGGAGUCCGACCUCGCGGAGGCUCGCAGAGAACAAGCAAAACAUCAACAACUUGAAGACGACCGACAAUCACGCAUGAUGACCCGUGAACAGCGCAUCAAGGAUCGCGAACAGAAGCGGAUCCUGCACGAAGCAGAGCUUGAGAGGAUCGCUGCGGAACAAGAAAGACUGGAAAGCGGCGAGAGCAGAGCCUCCGCGCGGAACCUCAAAGCUGAGCUGGAGAAAUCACAGAAGAAUUUGGCAGAACUUACUCAGGAUGAUGACUGGAUCUUCGAUUGCUCUGGUUGUGGGGUGCAUGGCGAGAAUCUGGAUGAUGGAAGCCAUAGCGUUGCUUGCGAGAAGUGCAGCGUCUGGCAGCACAGCAAGUGUCUUGGUAUCUCGCAAGAAGAUGCGGAGAAGGAGGACUUUCAUUUUGUGUGCCGCGACUGCAAGCGAAAAGAUGAAGAGGCCAACCUCCCCAAGCUUCCGCCUCUCAGAUUCCAGCUCAGUGCCUCUCCGUCUUCUGUUCCCCCGGCAGGCAAGAAACGAAAGAUGGAAAACGAUGACCACGCCCCGCCGUCACCCGUAAAGAAGACUCAUACGGCUCUUUCCAGCGUCCAAGGCGGAUUGCUGCCCGGAUCGCAGCCUGACCUUCCUCCGCUUGCCCCUGGUCAUGGCCCCCCGUACCCUCCAUCGCCCGACCGUCGCGCUCAUCCCGCAAACCAGACCUCGUUGCCGCCUUCGAGCCCUCCCCGCGUACCUUUCUCUCCUCCAAAGGGCAUGAAUGGUCUGAUGCAGCCCGCCAUGGGACAGCACCCCAAUCCUGGGCCUGGCCGACCGGCUCUACCGCCGAUGCAAGCAACACCGCAUCUACCUCCAAUCGGGUCUUUUGGCUCCGUGCGGCCUUCAUCCUCCCAUUCUGGUCAAACCCCGAUCCAGAACCGACCGUCCAUGUCUCCUACACAAGGCAACCAUGAUGUCGGCCCUCUGGCAGGAUUCCCGCCUUCGGCUCCGGCCGAUGGGUCGACACCGCGUCCCUCUUUUGAGAGCCAUGCGACUCCUCGCCCUCAGUCUGGACAUGGGGCCACUCCCGCGAUAUCUAGUAACUACCCAUCCUUCUCGGCUGCCGCAACCCCCAACGGCAACCACUCCUCGCCUCCGCAAAGCUCCCAUGGCAUGGGCAUGUCAGGGAUUAGUCCGAUCAAGCAUUCUCCUCGGCCCAUGACAUCUAGUGCUAUAGCGGGUGCCCCCGUUCUGCCACCUAUUCGCAAACUAGAUCCUAGCCCGAAGCUCAUGGGCCGUAGCUCGCCGGAUGCCCCGAUUCCUGCUCCCACGAAAUGCAUGACCCCUGAACAAGAACAACGACGGCAAAGAGAGAAUGUAUCGUUGCUGCAGCAGAGCCACGCCUAUUCCGGAAAUGGACAGCCGAAUCUGAUGUCGUCGCCAUCCCUCAACCGUAUCCCUCCUCUGGUUUCAGCGGCGACAUCACAGCAGCCUGACCCAUCAUCGCCCCAGCGCGGGAAUGUUCCCAGGCAGUGA